GCGUAACCUUGACGCCUCUUUGAAUUCUCUCUUAAAAUCUCUCUCGAUACUCUCUGUAUAAAAACCCUACUUGCCCUCAAACAUUCUAGCCUCCAAACACACUCAGCCGAGUUGCAUCACCGAGUUCUCACACUCAAACUCACGCACACUCUAACUCAGAAAUUAAAUCAAUGGCCAGCACCGAGGGCGAUCGCAGAGAAGAGGAGGAGGCACCACACAACGAAGAUGAAGACACCGGAGCUCAGGUUGCCCCCAUCGUCAAACUCGAGGAGGUCGCUGUUACUACCGGUGAAGAGGACGAAGAUGCUAUCCUGGAUCUGAAAUCGAAACUAUACCGUUUCGAUAAGGACGGUAAUCAGUGGAAAGAAAGAGGAGCUGGUACUGUUAAGCUUUUGAAACAUAAACAGAGCGGCAAGGUUCGUCUCGUCAUGAGACAAUCCAAGACACUCAAGAUCUGCGCCAAUCAUCUCGUUUUACCGACCAUGUCCGUGCAAGAGCAUGCUGGUAACGACAAGUCGUGUGUGUGGCACGCCGCUGACUUCGCUGAUGGUGAAUUGAAGAAUGAGCUUUUCUGUAUCAGAUUCGGAUCCGUUGAGAAUUGCAAAGCCUUCAUGGAAAUGUUUACAGAAGUUGCUGAAUCCCAAAAAUCUAAAGAGGAAAAUAAAGAAGCAACUUCAACUGCUGGUCUUCUUGAGAAGUUGAGUGUUGAAGAAAAGAAACCUGAGGACAAAGCUGAGGAAGAGGCCCCUCCUGCUAAGGAGAAGGAAUCAAAAAGCGAAGAUGCAGAGAAGAAAGCCGAGGAGCCUGCUUCCUCAACUUAGAGGUUUGGGUUUGUUUUUGCAUCCAUAUGCUUGCCAGUAUGAUGAAGUCGGUUGACUUCAUUGUUUUGCCCAUAUCUUGGCGUAUACAGCUGGUGAAAAUACUUGGACCAAUUUAUGGGCUUUAGUGGUUUGGGUCUGUGUCCGGUUUGAGUCUGUCAACAAUUGGUCGAGCUCCGGGUCAUGUUUGCAUCUUGAGGAUUGUGUUUUUGUAGUUGGGUAUUGUCAGAGAAGUUCAACUAGGGCUUUUUUUUAAAUAUAUUACUGUUUAUCAUUGUAAGUUCCUGGUCAUAUAUUUUUAAGGGUUUCUGAAAAAAAAAAAAAUUUAAGAGUUUUUAUUGGGACAUAAUUUCUGGAA